AUGCUGAGAUCGCUGGUGACGUCCAACUUCAAAGAAGUUUAUUUCGAGUUUAAAAACAGCGUUCUGUCUAACGUUGCGCUUUCAUUCUUGGAACUAUUGUGCAAAAACUUAUUUAUCGAUGAAGAUGUCUAUAACACUUUGCUAACAACAAUUGAAGAUCAAGGUUUUCAGCAGUCCACGUUGACUUCUGAACUUGGAAUUGGUUAUAUCAAUCGAGAUCACGGUAGUUCUAUUGAAGAAAACGCUGGAAUAAUCAGUUUUCAAUGCAUAACCAACGACAGAACUAUUUUUAGUCUGGAAUGUUUGGCAAAAUUAAAAGUAAUUUUUAGUUGUCAGCUUCCCCGUAUGCCGCGUGAAUACAUUACACGACUUGUUUUUGACAGAAAUCACUAUUGUUUCGCACUAUCGAAAAGCGGUGUUGUUGUGGGUGGCAUUUGUUUCAGACCUUUUUAUGCAAGCAAAUUUGCUGAAAUUGUUUUUUUGGCAGUUACAAACACCGAGCAGGUGAAAGGAUAUGGUACUAGAUUGAUGAACCAUACAAAGGAAUAUCUACGUCACAGAGGAAUAAAUUAUUUCUUGACAUAUGCUGACAACUUUGCGUUGGGUUACUUUCGCAAACAAGGAUUCUCAACGACCGUCACUUUAGCACGGUACUUAUGGUUCGGACGAAUUAAAGAUUACGACGGCGGAACUUUAAUGGAAUGUGUAUUAAACCCAGAUAUAAAUUACCUGACAAUUUCUAACACUUUCCAAAAAAAACGACUAUACCUAGCUCGUUUGCAUUUGAUGACUCACGUGGUUCCAGUAUUUUCUGGAAAAUUGUUAUGGGCUUGUUACACGUACUAUCCGAAGAACGAACUCGGAUUUAUUUCUUUAUUUUCACAGAUCAAGGAGAAGUUAUUAUCCAGCCAAGAAAAACCUGCAGCAAACGCUUUGGAAGAAGAAUCUUCUUCAGGAGCCCCUUCACAGUCUAAAAAAGUUAAGAACAAAACUAUGCCUCCCACUCCUUUAGUCUCUGUGUCACGAUUACCAUGCUUUAACGAAAUAAAUUUAAUUGAACAUUCAGACCGCAAAAAACGAAAUGCUUGCAUUCCUUUGAACGAGCAAAUUAUUUCACUACUCGACACAUUGGAGAAAUAUGAAAGUGCGUGGCCCUUUUUGAAACCUGUCAACGUUUCGGAAGCUCCUGACUACUUUGACUACAUUAAACAUCCUAUGGAUAUCAGUUUAAUGAGAGAAAACGCGCUUAAAGGAGUUUAUAACACCAAAGAUGAGUUCGGAGCCCAUCUAAAGCUUAUGUUUGAUAAUUGUAGGUUCUAUAAUCAAAAAUCGUCAAUGUAUUACAAACUAGCGGAUGACUCUGAGAAUUUCAUCAUGCCGGUAUUCGAAGAACUAGUAGAUACUUAA